CAUGCCGCGGUCGUUCCUGAUUCGCAAAAUUUCUGUAGGUGAAAAUUUCUCCAGAAAAAAUGAUUGGACUAUACCUCCACUUAUGCCAUUGGUCAGAUGCUUCCCUUUUCUAGCAGAUUACAGCAAUUCCCUGGUGCCGCCGCCAUCGGAACAAAAGACACAAACCGCAUCGACAACCGUCGCUUAUACUUAUGACGCCUUUUUCGUUUCGGAUGGAAGGUCAAGACGAAACAAAAAAAAUUCAGAAAAAGUUCCAAGCACAAAGUAUGCCUGCGAUGAGUGCGGAAAGACGUACGCCACUUCUUCAAAUCUCUCCCGUCAUAAACAGACUCACCGAGCGUUGGAUUCAACAUCAGCUAAGAAGUGCCCUCAUUGCUCCAAGGCCUAUGUUUCUAUGCCAGCACUGGCAAUGCAUGUAUUAACGCACGAACUCCGACACGAAUGCAGAAUGUGCGGGAAGAGGUUUUCCAGACCUUGGCUCCUACAAGGUCAUAUGCGAUCUCAUACUGGAGAGCGUCCUUUUGGAUGCGCUCAUUGCGGAAAGGCUUUCGCUGACAGGUCUAACCUUCGCGCUCAUAUGCACACUCAUUCUUCGUCAAAACAAUACAAGUGUCAUCGUUGCCAGCGUUCCUUCGCCCUCAAAUCCUACCUUUCUAAGCAUCUUGAAGCUCAGUGUUGCAACGAUUGA